AGGAGGAGCUCUUUUCACGGAAACCCCACGAUCGAAAUUAGUGUACCUCACCCCCUCAUUCCAAAAACUCAUCAUCCCUCCCCCUCAGCAUUCUCUCUCGCCUCGCCACCAGACCAGGCCACCACCACCGCCACCACCACAACCUCAACCACAUUGAAAAUGCCGACCACGUCACCAUCCACAGCCGCGGGCGGCGGACGUGGCCGCCGACGUCAUCAAUGCAUAUCUUCACGGAGGGUGGCCAGGAGGGUGGACCCCUCCCCCGCCCGCCCCCCGCCUGCUGCCCUGCCCGUGGCGGUGCACACGGCCCAACCCCGCGCACUUUAGCCUCGCCCCCCACCCCCACCACCACCACCUCAGCGGUGGCCUCCUCUCUCUCUCUCUCUCUAGAUCUCAAGAUCAGCCGCACACGCCUCCCUACCCCCACCCACCCAACGCCCACCCCCUCCCCUCUCCCACCCCUCUUUUAACCUUAUCCUCCUCCGCCCUCCUCCACCACCAUGCCUUUCUCUUUUUCUCCACCACCCACCUCCUCCUCCUCUCCCCUCCUCCUCCCCUCGCUAUCCUGCGCCGCCGCCUCCUCCUCCCUUCACCUCCCCCACCGCCGCCCCUCCGCCGCCCCUCCGCCGCCCCCUCGCCUCCUCCCAUCCCCAGAUCUGCUCAGAUCUGACCCCCUCGUCCCUCCCCGCCGCCGCCGCCGCCCAUGGCCACGGCCGCCGACGCCGCCGCCGACUCCCUCCUCCCGACCCCGUCCAGCCCCUCGGCUCCCCGCAGCCCCACGAGGACUCGCCGGAGCCGCUCCCCCACCGGGCCUCCCCACCCCGUCGCCCUCCCCCUCGCCGCCGCCCGCGUCCUCGCCUCCCCUCCCCACGUCGGUGGCCAUCCCGGCCUCGCCGCCCAUGGGUCAGCCCACCACCAUCACCCUGGCCCAGCCGGCCAUCACCAACCCGCGGCGGCUCCCGCCGCCGUGCUGGUCCCACGACGAGACGGUGGCCCUCAUCGACGCGUACCGCGACAAGUGGUACUCCCUCCGCCGCGGGAACCUCAAGGCCAACCACUGGCAGGACGUCGCCGACGCGGUGUCCUCCAGCUGCCCCUCGGCGUCCCCGGCCAAGACCGCCGUGCAGUGCCGGCACAAGAUGGAGAAGCUCCGGAAGCGGUACCGCACCGAGCUCCAGCGCGCCCGCUCGAUCCCCGUCUCCCGGUUCAUCUCCUCCUGGGUCCACUUCAAGCGCAUGGACUCCAUGGAGAAGGGCUCCAACUCCUUGAACCAGGCCUCCGCCACGUUGGCCAAGGCCGAGAAGGCCGACAGCGACGACGACAACUUCAACGACGAGGAGGAGGACGACGAGAGCGAGUUACUGGGCAGCGCCCAGUUCGAUCACAAGUUCAAGAACAACGGCUCCUCCGCGAAUUCAAGAAACCUCCAUGCCUUGUACCACAACGGGAUCGGGACCGAGCACGCCAGCGGGAGCAAAUCGGCAGCAGGCGGGUUCCGUAUCAAGAUCCCCACCGGAGUGAGCAUAGCUCAGCCCGGAGUGAAUUAUCGGAAGUUCGACAAGAAAUUCAACAUGGGUCCUGCCGCCACUGAUGCGAACCCUAAUUUUAGCCCCAAUUUCGGCCCUAAUUUCGGAGGAAGCGGUGGCGGCAGCGGCGCGGCCGGAUAUGGAGCUAGGGUCGCGAGGGAAAUAAGCGGGAUGGGGAAGAGGGGGAGAGAGAAGGACCCGCUGGAGGAAAUGGUAGGGGCCAUCAAGGUCUUGGGGGAUGGGUUCGUGAGGAUGGAGCAGAUGAAGAUGGAGAUGGCCCGGGAGAUCGAGAGCAUGCGGAUGGAGAUGGAGAUGAAGCGGACGGAGAUGAUCCUCGAGUCGCAGCAGCGGAUCGUCGAGGCCUUCGCCAAGGCGGUCACGGAGCGGAAAAAGAAGGCCAAGAGGAUGCCUACUCCGGAAGCCUGAAUUCGAAAUUGGCGACAGGCAGGGAAGAUGAAAAAUUUCUGAACUUUGCUGUUGCUUCUUGCCGCUUCUGUUGGCUAAUGAUGAUGAUGAUGGUCGCUCAUCAAGAGGGUUAAGGGAAGAUUGUAGAUCAGGGGUUAGUGAUUGGAGUUGGACAAAGCUGAGCAAGAGCAAAAGCUUUGGUUUUUAUGUAGGAUUUGAUUGUUAGGAGAGCUAAGAUAGAUCUAUUUUGCAGUGGGAUUUUUUCUUUUUUUCUCUUUUUGUUUGAUGUCUUUAGUGAUAGGGGGACUCUGGAAUAUGCAUAAGGUAAUACCUUUGUUGGAUAAUUUAAAGCUUAUCUUAACACACUUCAUCUUUUGGUCC